UCCCAACUCCUGCAAAACUCUUAGAAUAGCCAGAUAGCUAACUACCGGUUAACUCGAAAUCUAAGUCACCAUGCAGAUGCUUUUAUCGAUCGAUGCAAGUACCCAAGAAAUAAAUCCAUUGUUUUUUCACUAUAGACCUCUCGUUCUUUGUAACAGGUAUCUACAUGGGUGAUAGCAAAGUGGUGCAUUUUCAAACCCCUCUUGAAACAGGACGGAUGGAAAGUUCGGAGAUCGUAGAAAGCGAUUUUCAAGAGUUCCUUGGACCUGAAAGCUCAGACUGGUACUUGUAUAAAUACGGCGCCACUGAGGAAGAAUUCAGCGGAAAUCCGCGUGGGACAUGCACAACUAGACACAGUGAAGAGCUGGAAACUGUGCUUGAACGCGCGCGCCUGGCAUUGCGGGAAGGAUUUGGGCAGUUCAAUAUAGUGGGUAGUAACUGCGAGGACUUUGCUUUGUACUGCAAGACGGGACAGCGAUCCCAGACCAGCGGUCAGUACUUAUCAGCCAUGCGCAGAAUAGAGGCCGCUCGCCAGGCUGCAGCUACUGGUUACAAGAGUCCUAUAGUGUACGCUGGCUGUGUCUUGGGCUGGUUCACAGCCAAGGAUUUUGGAAUAAACUCCGAAAGUUCAACAAACGAUGAGAAAGGUGAAGAAAUGCCAUUGAAAAGCAAGUAGGGUUAAUAUAACUCUACACCCGCAUGGUUGAAUAGUAACCAUGAUGGCGAACUGAAGUUGGAAUGUCUCAACUGAAUGAAAUUCAGAUUAAAGAAGGACUCCAUCAGAAGUUCGAAUAACAAGUGGACAAAAACUUUGUACCGAGAUUAUUUACUCUGUAUUACAAACUUCUAUCGGACUGUUUUAAACAUCUUCUAAAAAUGUCGAAAACAAAUUUUGAAGUUCAAAUGAAACACUUGAAAGUGCUGCUGAAAUGAAACUGAUGAUGACAUUUUACCAGUGAUUGCACAAUUUCCCUGAACUUUGAAACUUAUUUUCUCGAGUUCUCAUGGGAAAUUGUUUUCGGUGUUAUCUCAGACAACGAUUUAUACAGUAUAUUUAGCUUCAAGAAAAUGUAAAAAGGCCUGUAAAUACCUGAAAUUAUUCUGGUACAAGAUUUCUGUCCAUUAAAAACUGAAAUUGCUCGAUUUCCUAUCGGAUUUCGCCUUAAUUUCGCACACAAACACAGCCAACUGACGUCAUAAGAAAACCACAUGAAAGUGAGAAAAUAUUACCAAGCAGCGAAUACCACGUGACCUGUUUGUCAGCAGGCUUGCUGAUGAUCAAGAGUGAUGGAAACUUGACAAAUAGGAUUAACAAUAAAAUACACUACUAUACAACACGGAGCGACUGAAGAACAAGUUUAUUUGAUAAAUAAUUGUAAUUUUACGAUAAUUCAACAUCUUAUUGACUUUAUGUCUCAGUUCUUGGUACGUGACACGAUUUUGCCUGGCCUCACACCGACCUGAUCGCUUCACCCCCAAGCUCGGUACUGAAUUUUAUACAUUUUCAAGUUUAAUUCUUGCUGAGACAAUUUGAUUUUAGAUCAAUAUUAUUCUUUUUUUACUAGGUUCGAUUUCCACCGCUCCCAUUUUCCCAAACAGCGGUUGAAACACUAGCCUUGUUUUUACCCUGAUAUUUUUUCCUCUUUUUCGUAACUAGCCUUCUUGAAUUUGUAAUAAAAAGGUAAAGACAAACGUUAGCAAUAAAUUACAUAACGUCAACGGUUCAUAACUACUACUCAUUCUGAGCCGUCCCGAGUGGCAUGAAACUUCACUGAAGCCGAGUUGUUAUAAAUUUUUCGGGAACACAGCCUCCUGUAAUAAAUCGUUCACCAUUCCUACACUAUUGUCGCAAAUCUUUUUCCUUCAACAUUUUCUUGCGACGCUCCUUUCCUCAAAUACUCCCGAGUCUCUACCCUUUUUCGUAAAAUGUACGCGCUUUUACUCAGCCAAAUUAUCCGUGAGUCAAGACCAUAGGUUACAGAACUCAAGAAGCAUCUUUAGAUUAAUUUCUUCCGUAUUUACAAAGGUAUUCAAGAAAGGUAAGCUGCCACAAGGAUUUGCCUCUGACUGGCUGUGUUCGUUUGUUUGUUUGUUUUCAACAGCACAAUGGGUUAUGAACU